UUUUCCUCCUCCUUCGUUUUUGAAUCCGGUCUGGGGGAGGAAACCGAAGGGCACACUCGAACGGCGACUGCUCCUCGAUCCUCCAUCCUCUGCGACGCGCACAGAGAACAGCAGUAGUCGUCUUCUUGCGGCCUCACCGCUGCUGGUGAUAUGGAAGCAGAAAAAGCAAAUUAAGGUAGAGUCUCAUUGGAGUGUCACCCUAAUCCUGAAAAUCUCUUCAUACUUCGUUCUUGGCUUCUUCGAAAAAUUUUCAGCUUUUGAGAGAAUCACAUGGAUGCCAUCCAUCUCCAAAGUGCAGCCCCGGCUAUCAGAGCUCUCGGCUCACUCUUCAAGCUGACCGAAGUCUUUCUCUGGGACGAUGGUUCAACUCAGACUCAACGAGGGUCGUCUGUUCUUCCUCAGCAUAUUAGAUUUUCUUAUGAGGACGACGGAGACGAUGAUGAAGAUAUUAGCUCGAACUUCCCAUCUACCGCUGGUGACCACAAUCCAUCAGAAGACCUGGAACUCACCAGACAGAUGAGUGCCUUGGGGCUCCCUAUUUCAUUCAACACAAACAAGGAGAAGAGGAAUGGAGUGAUUAAAGGGAAAAGAAAGAGUAUACAACUGAAGCAUUUAGAUAAUCAUAAAGAUGGAGUGCUAGAAUUUUCCGAAGUGAGUGAGGGAGAGGUUGCACCUCCUACAGUUUUUCAUGAUAAAUCUAGCAAUUCUUUAUGUUGCAUGCCAUUGAUGGGCCAAAGUAAAUCAUCUUACUCUGAUGUUGCAAUGGAUGUUAGUGAAUCUCAAUGCCUUUUUGAUGAAGGAGACUAUUCAGAAGGCUUGAUUGCGAGUAUCACUUGUGCUGCACGUGAGGAACAGAAUCAUGAGGGGAUUUUGGAUGUUGUUCAAGAUGGUGACUCUGUCUUUUUAUACAGCGAUGGUGUAUCAAAGGAUGAUAUCGAAGUUGUGGCAAGUCCAUUUGAUUGUGAUGUUGGAACUUCCACCACAAGCUCCUCGACAGAUGUUGGAAGUGACCAUAUUAAAAAAGGCUUAGGUGGAAAAGUAUUGGAAUGUGAGUGUUUGGAAGGUUUUUCUGUGGCUCACAAUGAUAGAGAAGUUCAGAAGGUUAGCAGUGGUAUCUGCACUGAGCGGUCACAGUUUCUUGAUUCGGCUUCAUAUUCCUACUCUCUAGAAAUGUCCGACCACAAUGAAAUUGGAAACUCUAACUGCAAUGUUGAAUUUGGAGUUUGGAGGGCUUAUUGGGACUCCUACUAUAUGAGAAGCUACUUUUAUAAUAUUGAAACACAGGAGUCUACAUGGCUCCCACCUCCAGGUAUGGAGCAUUUGGCUUUUUGUGAGACUGCUAAUGAGUCAAGUGAAAUGAUCGUUGAUGUGGCUGAAAUGGAUGUUACAACUUUGGGUUCCUGUCAUGACAUUAAUUCUUGUAAUUUGCAAGACAAAACAAAGCUACCAGAAUCUAGGAAUGGUAAUAGAUUAUCUGGUGAGCUACCCAAUGAGGUUUCAGAAGGGAUUGACCUUGCUUUGGACAAAUUUGUGUCUGGUGUGACUAUACCUACUGUUGGUAGCAAAUUUUAUCAUUACGAUGAUAUCUAUGAGAUCAGUAAAUGCUGUGAUAAUGAACUUGCGUUAUCUUCAUUGUUAGACACCCACAAGCAUAUUGGCAGUCAGGAAAGCAAAAUUAUGCCACUAGAUUGCAGUAAUGAUUUGCAACUCACACCUACAUGUCCAACCAAUAGAUUGGAUUGUUUUGGCCAUAUAGAUAAAUUUGGUGGGAUGGUCUCUUGUGAGAAAACUUAUGAAGGUUGUGACAAUGAUGUGGUUUUCGAAGCAUCGGAUGCUGGCAGCUUGUCCAACACAGUUGCUAAACUAGUAUCUGAGGAUGACUUGAAUUCUAACAUGCAUCUGGAUUUAACUUCUGCCGCAGAUAAGUUAGAUUUCCAGUAUAAUCCUGUUGCUGUAAAGCAGAAAAAGAAAGUGAGAAGAAAGCGGCAACAAAAGAGACUAUCCAGCAAAAGCCGAGGACUAGGUCAUUUAGCUUUUGGUUGCUUGCUGCUGGGAGGAAAACAGAAAAGAAGUUAUCCACUGUUGGACAUUAAUCAACUGGAGAAUGAAAGUAUGAUUUCAUCGACAAAAGAACUUCUGUCAUUGGUGACAUGGGAUGAGGUUCCUGCCAAUAUCAGCAAAUAUUGGCACCAAAGGUAUCUUCUAUUUUCUAGAUUUGACGAUGGCAUUAAAAUGGACGAAGAAGGAUGGUUUUCUGUCACUCCGGAGCCUAUAGCAAGGCAUCAUGCAGUCCGUUGUGGCAGUGGCAUCAUACUUGACUCUUUCACUGGUGUUGGUGGGAAUGCAAUCCAAUUUGCACUGAGAAGCAAGCAUGUUAUUGCGAUUGAUAUUGACCCAAAGAAGAUUGGUUAUGCUGGUCAUAAUGCAGCCAUCUAUGAAGUUGCCGACUGCAUAGAUUUCAUAAAUGGGGACUAUUUCCCUUUAGCGCCAAAAUUGAAGGCUGACACAGUCUUCUUGUCCCCACCUUGGGGAGGUCCUGAUUAUGCUAAACUAGCGACAUAUGAUAUCAAGAUGCUUAAGCCACAGGAUGGGCAUUUUCUCUUCCACACUGCAAAGGACAUAGCUUCCAAAAUUGUUAUGUUCCUCCCGAGAAAUGUUGAUAUCAACCAGUUGGCGGAGUUGUCUCUAUCUGUCCAUCCUCCAUGGUCACUAGAGGUUGAGAAGAACUACUUGAACGGCAAGUUGAAGGCAAUCACUGCAUACUUCAGUAACACCUCAGUGUAGAAGACGAGACACCUUUACUACAUGUAUUGUGGGAGAGUAAGAGGACCGAGGCUGAGUUUUCGUGGAUGCUGACGGGCUCUUGAAGGAAAUUUACAAGUGGGGAGGUACCACUGCUCCAUUUAAUGUACAGUUUUGUAGGCAAAUUUACGGAUUGUCAUGCGCUUAGAAGGUCAUAAUUGUUGUAUUUAUGUCGAAUAUAUCGGUGCUACAAAAAUCACUAGGAGUUCACAUGGACGAUGCCCAGCUAGGGUUGUUGAGAUAUGUGGGUGUUUGGGUUAACUUAAUGUCAAUAUACAAGAAGACUGGUUAAAUUG